AAGCCAAAACCCAAAGUGAGAAAUCCGGCCACUUCUCCGUUAGCCGCACCACCGUGAUCAGUCCAGUCCUCCCCGCCUCGCCCCCUCCGUCCCCAAGCUUCCGCUCCCCCUCGCUCGUCGGCGCUGGUCUACCAUGGAGGACGCCUACGCAAAAUCUGUAGCGGAGGUGCUCGAAGCGUUCGGCGUGGAUCGAACUAAGGGCCUCUCCGACUCGCAGGUGGAGCAGCAUGCGAUGCUUUACGGCAAAAAUGUGUUACCCCAAGAAGAAAGUACCCCCUUCUGGAAGUUAGUUUUGAAGCAGUUUGAUGAUUUACUUGUCAAAAUAUUGAUAGCAGCUGCCGUAGUGUCCUUCCUUUUAGCUCGACUGAAUGGUGAAACUGGAUUAACAGCAUUUUUGGAACCAUCUGUCAUAUUUAUGAUACUAGCAGCAAAUGCAGCAGUUGGUGUGAUCACAGAAACAAAUGCUGAAAAAGCUCUCGAGGAGUUGCGAGCAUAUCAAGCUGAUGUUGCAACAGUGUUGCGCAACGGUUGCUUUUCUAUACUUCCAGCAACAGAACUUGUCCCUGGAGAUAUUGUAGAAGUGGGAGUUGGUUGCAAAGUUCCAGCUGACAUGAGAAUGGUCGAAAUGCUAAGUCAUCAACUGCGUGUUGACCAGGCAAUUCUGACAGGGGAAAGCUGUUCAGUGGCUAAAGAACUUGAUUCAACUUCAGCAAUGAAUGCUGUCUACCAAGACAAAACAAACAUUCUUUUCUCGGGUACUGUUGUUGUAGCUGGUAGAGCAAGAGCUGUUGUUAUUGGUGUUGGUUCUAACACUGCAAUGGGAAGUAUACGUGAUGCAAUGCUGAGAACAGAGGAUGAAGCAACUCCACUGAAGAAAAAACUGGAUGAAUUUGGCACUUUUCUGGCAAAGGUCAUAGCAGGGAUCUGUAUUCUUGUUUGGGUUGUAAAUAUUGGCCAUUUCCGAGAUCCUUCUCAUGGUGGCUUUCUUAGGGGAGCCAUUCAUUAUUUUAAGGUAGCUGUUGCCCUUGCUGUUGCAGCCAUUCCAGAAGGUCUCCCAGCUGUGGUAACAACGUGCUUAGCUCUUGGUACCAAGAGAAUGGCUCGUUUGAAUGCCAUUGUCAGGUCUCUGCCCUCUGUAGAGACAUUAGGAUGCACUACAGUCAUUUGCAGUGAUAAAACUGGUACUCUUACGACAAACAUGAUGUCUGUAUCCAAGGUAUGCGUUGUGCGGUCUGUGCACCAGAGACCAAUAACUGAUGAGUACUCUAUUAGUGGAACAACAUUUGCUCCAGAUGGGUUCAUAUAUGACGCCGGUGAAUUGCAGCUGGAGUUUCCUCCUCAAUCCCCAUGUCUCCUUCAUAUAGCCAUGUGCUCAGCUCUUUGCAACGAGUCAACAUUACAGUACAACCCUGAUAAAAAAAGUUAUGAGAAAAUUGGAGAGUCCACUGAAGUUGCUUUGCGUGUGCUGGUGGAGAAGGUCGGACUUCCUGGUUUUGAUUCAAUGCCUUCAGCCCUGAACAUGCUAAGCAAGCAUGAGCGUGCAUCAUACUGCAAUCAUUAUUGGGAAAAUCAGUUCAGAAAGGUUAUAUUUCUCUAUGUUGACAUUGCUACAUUAACUCCCCACCCCCACCCCCUACGUCCAUUAGUCCAUUCUCGAAAACAACAGGAGAUCAUGUUUUCAAAGGGUGCCCCUGAAAGUGUAAUGGCUAGAUGCACACAUAUAUUGUGCAACCAUGAUGGUUCUUCUGUACCAUUGACUAUGGACAUACGUAAUGAGCUGGAGGCUAGAUUUCAAAGUUUUGCAGGAAAAGAUACCCUAAGGUGCUUAGCAUUAGCAUUAAAACGAAUGCCAGAAGGUCAACAAAGUCUUUCCUAUGAAGAUGAGACAAAUCUCACAUUUAUAGGAUUGGUUGGGAUGCUUGACCCUCCAAGAGAAGAAGUUUGUGAUGCUGUCCAGUCUUGUAUGUCUGCAGGGAUUCGUGUUAUUGUUGUUACUGGGGAUAACAAGUCCACUGCAGAAUCUCUGUGUCGGCAAAUUGGUGCUUUUGAGCAUUUGGAUGACUUUACUGGGUAUUCAUAUACAGCAUCAGAAUUCGAAGGGCUUCCUCCCUUGGAAAGGGCAAAUGCAUUGCGAAGGAUGGUUCUGUUUUCCAGAGUGGAACCUUCUCAUAAAAAGAUGCUUGUUGAAGCCUUGCAAUCACAAAAUGAAGUGGUUGCAAUGACGGGUGAUGGUGUCAAUGAUGCACCUGCCCUGAAGAAAGCAGAUAUAGGAAUAGCAAUGGGAUCAGGAACUGCAGUUGCAAAGAGUGCUUCAGACAUGGUAUUGGCUGAUGACAACUUUGCUACAAUUGUCGCAGCUGUCGCAGAGGGAAGGGCCAUAUAUAAUAACACCAAGCAAUUUAUUCGGUACAUGAUUUCAUCAAAUAUUGGGGAGGUAGUUUGUAUUUUUGUGGCAGCAGUGCUUGGAAUGCCUGACACACUUGUACCUGUCCAGCUACUCUGGGUAAACCUUGUCACUGAUGGGUUGCCUGCAACUGCAAUUGGUUUUAACAAGCCUGAUGGCAACAUCAUGACAGUUAAGCCUCGUAAGGUUAACGAAGCUGUGGUCAGUGGAUGGCUCUUUUUCCGUUAUUUGGUCAUCGGUGCUUAUGUUGGUCUUGCUACUAUAGCGGGGUUUGUUUGGUGGUUUGUUUAUUCUGAAAAUGGUCCUAGAUUGCCAUACUCUGAAUUGGUCAAUUUUGAUUCAUGUUCAACCAGGCAAACUUCAUAUUCUUGCAGCAUCUUUGAGGAUCGUCAUCCAUCAACAGUUUCAAUGACUGUUCUUGUUGUUGUCGAGAUGUUUAAUGCGUUGAAUAACCUAAGUGAAAAUCAGUCUCUCCUUGUCAUUCACCCAUGGAGUAACCUAUGGCUUGUUGGGUCAAUCAUUCUGACAAUGCUUCUUCACAUGUCAGUCUUGUAUAUGGAACCCCUGUCAGCUCUUUUCUCAGUGUCUCCAUUAUCUUUGGCUGAGUGGAAAGUUGUUCUCUAUCUAUCCUUCCCUGUAAUUUUGAUUGAUGAGGUUCUGAAAUUUUUCUCAAGAAGCUCUCGAGCCCGGUUAUCCCCUUUACGGUUAUGGAGACGGGAGAUACUUCCAAAAGAAGCUCGGGAUAAUUAAUUUUAGGAUUCAGCAGACUGAGAUUGAUAUAGACAUGAAGCUCGACUUUUAGUUGCGGUAAAACUGAUUUUGGCUAAUCUUUUGGAGUUGAACGCUGACAACAUUGUAGGAUUCUUUUUUUUUGUGUACCUCGUUUUGUGGAUUAUGCCAAAACAACGAUUAGCAUGAACUACACGAUCUGUUAAUGUGAAAAGAUGAGUGAAGGCACUUUUGGAUGUAUGUUGUAAUAUCUAGUAGUUAUAUAUGGGCAGAAUGUUCGUACUUGUAAUGGACACUUCAGUCGUGUUUU